GUCUAUUUUAGCUUAUAACGGAGGUGCUGUGGUCGCCAUGAAAGGCAAGGACUGCGUGGCGAUCGCAACAGAUAAACGGUUUGGUAUUCAGGCCCAAACUGUUUCCACGAACUUUCCCAAGGUAUACCAAAUGGGUCCCUCAUUGUACGUCGGCCUCCCCGGCCUGGCCACUGAUACACAGACCGUGUUCCAGAGAUUAAAAUUUAGAAUGAACCUCUAUGAGCUCAAGGAGAACAGAAUGAUGAGACCGAAGACAUUCUCAGCAAUGCUGUCCAACCUGUUGUACGAGAGGCGCUUUGGACCUUACUUCAUUGAGCCCGUCAUUGCUGGACUGGACCCCUAUGACAACCAGCCCUAUGUGUGCAAUAUGGAUCUGAUUGGCUGCCCCAACGAGCCUGAAGACUUUGUAGUGUCAGGUACCUGCUCAGAACAGCUGUAUGGUAUGUGUGAAGCUCUGUGGGAACCCAACCUGUCUCCUGAUGAGCUGUUUGAAACUAUCUCACAGGCGCUAGUUAACGCGGCCGAUCGUGACGCCAUCUCUGGUUGGGGCGCGGUCGUGUACAUCAUCGAAAAAGACAAGAUUACUGAGAAACACGUCAAGACGAGGAUGGACUAG